ACCUGGCCGCCCGGGAAGCCUGGGCGCGCAGCAGCCGUGGGCUCGCUUGGGCCCCAGGGACGCGGGCAGGGACUGCGACCCGCCCCACGUCGGGCCGUGGAGCAGCCUGGACACACGUUCACCAUGGGGAGACGCCUCAAGUUUCUGCAGAAACUGGCUUUUCUGGGUCAGGACCACCGGUACAAGGCUCUGGAGAGGGACGAGGUAGAGACCCUGAUCGACGACCAGUAUGAGCUGAAAGCCAUCGAAAGAGAAAAGUCUGUCACAGCUCUACCACCCAGGGAAGCGUGCAAAUGCAGCAAAGGAGAUUUGGCCAGAGCCUUCCAUGUGGACCUGGACAGUGGCCUGUCGGAGAUGGCCGUGGCGCAGCGCAGGCUGGUCCAUGGCUGGAAUGAGUUUGUCACCGAUAACGCUGAGCCUGUAUGGAAGAAAUAUCUGGAUCAGUUCAGGAACCCCCUGAUCCUGCUGCUGCUGGGCUCGGCCGUGGUGAGCGUCCUCACCAAGGAGUAUGAGGAUGCCAUCAGCAUCGCCCUGGCCGUGCUGAUCGUGGUGACUGUUGGCUUCAUCCAGGAAUACAGGUCGGAGAAAUCUCUGGAAGAGCUGACCAAGCUGGUGCCUCCAGAGUGCAACUGCCUGAGGGAUGGCAAGCUCCAACACAUGCUUGCCCGAGACCUGGUUCCAGGAGACAUCGUGUCCCUGUCCAUCGGAGACCGGAUCCCUGCCGACAUCCGACUCACGGAGGUCACAGACCUCCUGGUGGACGAAUCCAGUUUCACAGGAGAAGUGGAGCCCUGCAGCAAAACAGACAGCCCACUGGUGACCAGUGGCGAUCUCAGCACCCUGAGCAACGUGGUCUUCAUGGGGACGCUGGUGCAGUGCGGGAAGGGUCAGGGAGUUGUGAUCGGAACCGGGGAACAGUCUCAGUUUGGAGAAGUGUUCAAGAUGAUGCAGGCGGAAGAGACACCUAAAACUCCUCUGCAGAAGAGCAUGGACAAGUUGGGCAAGCAGCUGACUAUCUUUUCCUUUGGCAUCAUCGGUCUCCUGAUGCUGGUCGGUUGGAUGCAAGGCAAGCCCCUUCUCAGCAUGUUCACUAUCGGGGUCAGCUUGGCUGUGGCGGCCAUCCCAGAGGGGCUGCCCAUCGUUGUCAUGGUGACGCUGGUCCUGGGGGUGCUGCGGAUGGCCAAGAAGCGGGUCAUUGUGAAGAAGCUGCCCAUCGUGGAGACUCUCGGCUGCUGCAAUGUUAUCUGCUCUGACAAGACAGGCACUCUGACAGCCAACGAGAUGACAGCCACCCAGCUCGUCACUUCCGAUGGGUUCCAUGCUGAGGUCAGUGGAGUCGGGUACAGUGGCGAAGGGGCCGUGUGUCUUCUUCCAUCCAAGGAAGUGAUCCAGGGAUUCAGCAACGUUUCGGUGGGGAAGCUGGUGGAGGCAGGCUGCAUCGCCAACAACGCUGUCAUCAGGAAGAACACUGUGAUGGGCCAGCCCACAGAAGGGGCCUUGAUGGUUCUGGCCAUGAAGAUGAACUUAGGUGACGUCAAAGAUUCCUACACACGGAGAAAGGAGAUUCCCUUCAGCUCAGAGCAGAAGUGGAUGGCCGUGCGGUGCAGCCCGAAGAAUGAGGACCGGGAAGACAUUUUCUUCAUGAAGGGGGCCUUUGAGGAAGUGAUCCGUCACUGCAGCAUGUACAACAAUGGGGGCAUCCCCCUGCCUCUGACGCCCCAACAGAAGUCCUGCUGGCUGCAGGAAGAGAAGAAGAUGGGCUCGCUUGGCCUGCGGGUGCUGGCCCUGGCAUCUGGGCCCGAGCUGGGGAGACUAACGUUCCUGGGUCUUGUGGGCAUCAUCGACCCGCUGAGGGCUGGUGUGAAGGAAGCGGUCCAGGUCCUCUCCGAGUCUGGUGUGUCAGUGAAGAUGGUGACAGGAGAUGCCCUCGAGACAGCCUGGGCCAUAGGAAGAAACAUCGGCCUAUGCAACGAGAAGCUGAGAGCCAUGUCUGGGGAGGAGGUGGAGGGCAUGGAGCAGGACGCACUGGCUGCCCAAGUGAGGCAGGUGUCUAUAUUCUUCAGGACCAGCCCGAAGCACAAGGUUAAAAUCAUAAAGGCACUGCAGGAGUCAGGGGCGAUUGUGGCCAUGACGGGGGACGGCGUGAAUGAUUCCGUUGCCCUCAAGUCCGCGGACAUCGGGAUCGCCAUGGGCCAGACGGGGACGGACGUCAGCAAAGAGGCCGCCAACAUGAUUCUGGUGGACGACGACUUCUCAACCAUUAUGAGCGCGGUGGAGGAAGGCAAAGGCAUCUUCUACAACAUCAAGAACUUCGUCCGCUUCCAGCUGAGCACGAGCAUUGCAGCCCUGAGCCUCAUCACCCUGUCCACCGUGUGCAACCUGCCCAGCCCCCUCAACGCCAUGCAGAUCCUGUGGGUGAACAUCAUCAUGGAUGGACCGCCAGCACAGAGCCUGGGGGUGGAGCCUGUGGACAGAGAUGCCCUGCGGAGGCCUCCAAGGAGCAUGGGGGACAGCAUCCUGAACAGAGCCUUGAUCCUGAAGGUCCUCAUGUCAGCUGCUGUCAUCAUAGGAGGGACCCUCUUUAUUUUCUGGAGAGAGAUCCCAGAGAACGGGACCAGCACCCCGCGCACCACCACCAUGGCCUUCACCUGCUUCGUGUUUUUUGACCUCUUCAAUGCCCUAAGUUGCCGCUCUCAGACCAAGCUGAUAUUUGAGAUUGGCUUUUUCCGGAAUCGCAUGUUCCUGUUCUCGGUCCUCGGGUCCCUUCUCGGGCAGCUGGCUGUGAUCUAUGCCCCACCCCUGCAGAAGGUCUUCCAGACAGAAAACCUGAGAGCUCUCGACCUGCUGCUGUUAGUGGGCCUGGCCUCGUCUGUCUUCGUUCUGUCAGAGCUGCUGAAGCUGUGUGAGAAGUUCUGCUCUGGAGCUAGGGCCACCCAGAUGCUCCCAGAGGCCGUGUAGAGGAACCACUGUGUCAACAGCCCCGGGUGACCUGCAUCUGUCCCCACUCUUCAGCCCUGUCCACUCCAAGAGGCGGAUUUUAGGACCACACAGCACCAGGACCCUGGCUCCACAUGUCCUCCUGACCUGCUGGGAUGCACAGGACAGGACGGAGCUUACUAAGACCGGGCACUAUUUAUUAAACCACCGUGUUUUUUUUUAUUUAACCUGUCUCUGCACUUGAGCAAUGCAACUUCACGUGAUGGCACAGAGCUUCGCAGUGACCAGAAAUAUGGCCACUCUGCCCACAGCCAUCCCCUUCGAGGCCUUGCUUCUUCAUCUAAGAUGAGGGCUUAGGGGCAGCUCUGUAAAGAGCUAUGCCUCAUGAUUUGGGGUUCAAGCCCCAGUAUUCAAAAAACUCCACAAGUAUGAUUUAUGUAAAAUCUGAUUUAAAACAAACAAAGCCAAGGCGGUGCCACUGAGUGGGAUAAGGCACUAGUCAUUAAAAAAGCCAAAACUCCCUAUGUUCGCCGUGAUGAAGUACACGGUUGCCUAGUGUUUACAAAGCUCUCAUCCCAUGGACGCCAAAAUAAAACCCUAACGUUUUUUCAGAAUUCCACAUCCACUCCUAACAGGGACUCCUCAUAAACACUGACACACGUGAAGUUCCGUCCCCCGGAAAAACAAAACAAAACCAGAUACCUCAAAGCACAUGCUGGAAUCCUGCUUCACGGAGAAAGACCAGAGCUCCAUGAGGGAGAGGAGGGCAUGGUGGAGGUGCUGGAGUCACAGAGCUGGGCACAUGUCUGACAUGCCAGCUACUCGGGAGGCUGAGGCAAGAGGAUUACCGCUGAAGACCAGCUUGGGCAACUCAGUGGGACUCGUGACCCCUCUGCCUCUGAGGAAAAAGGGCCGGGGCUUGGCACUAGAGUGUCUGUCUGGCAUGGAUGAGGUCCUGGGCUCAGUCCCACACUAAAAACUAUGAAGGAAUCAAGGCAAAUGUACAAUAAAGCCAUUGGAAGAGCAAUGCCUGCACGCUCAAGACAGCCUACAGAGGAACAAAAAGGAUUAUGGAGGCUGCCAGAGGGAGCUGGGACCUGCCGUGCGGCAUCGCUCUCUGGCAGUGUGGCUCUCUGGUCUCACCACCCUCUCCCCUCUCAAGAGGUGAAGCCUCUUCUGUCUGAAGAAGCUGGACAGGUGAUUCUGAGACACUCAUAGCAGAGGUCAUGAUACAAAGGGAUUCAGCAAGCAUCAGGGACAAAUCUCAUACACAUGUGCGUUCAAGUAUGCUAACAGACAUCACACAUGCACAAGUGCACCUGCACAUAGGCUCAUGUCACACAAUGUGCACCUCCACACAAGCAUAUACUACAUACAUACAUACACAUGUGCACCUGCACACAGACAUAUAGCCCAGGCACAUGUGCACCUUCAUACAGGCAUACAUCACACACAUGUGCUCCUGCACAAGGGCAUACAUCACACACAUAUCACACCUGGACAUAUACAUGCAUGUGCACACAGGUGUAUCUCACACAUGCACAUGUGCACUUACACACAUACAAAGAGGCAUGUGUGCCCGUACCUGUCCACGCCACACGGUAUCCUCAUAUCAGCUCCUGUGUUCACUCAUUUCAUGCCAGCCUCUCGCUAUAGUUGAGUCUUCUGUCAGGGGCAGGUGCUGAGCAUGUGUGAGGUGAGCGUUUGUCCUUUACAGAGUUGAGUGAAUAUUUUCUCCGCCAGUGCUUAAUGAACACAGCAGGCUCUUGAAUCUACCUCUGAGCUCAGCCCCAGCCAUCUGACAUUUUAGAAGUGGUCACCACUGAAGAGGAAAGCGGGCAAACAUGAGGCUGUCAGAGACGAUGAGAGUUACAGCAGGUGACAACUAGUGUUCAGAUGUCAGCCCACUAGAGAAAUGGUCCUCGGAUGGAGCAGAAUCCUGCCGGGGCAAAGCCCACAGAACCAUCGACUCUGGGAACUCUUGCUCACAUUUGCUAAAACAGCCAUGACAUCUGCCCAGGGCCAUGCAUUUUCAUGUAACGUGUACAGGUAAUCUCAUGAUUACAUCUCAAUCUUAUGAGCACACAUACUUGUGGAUGGUCAGGAAGAUGACUUCUCUCUACACUAUGUUCUCCACAUUAUGGUGAGAGACGUAGAAGCCUGGUCUCUACCAUCAGCCUUACUGACAGAGCAAGUUGGCCAGACAUGUGUCCUUCUGGACAGGUCACAAGCAGAACCUUUUACUUAUGAAGUCACAGGUGUCUAGCCUUGUGAGGAUCUAAGAGGAAUUACAGCGAAAUAGGGCGGUAUUGCAGGGGUCUGGCCUUGUAUUAUAUCACAGUCCUUCAAGAGAUCAGUAGUACCUAUGUUGCCCUAAACUUCCUUCACUAUCCCUGUUCUGAUUCAAAAUAACAAUUAACACUCUGUACCAGUUUUUGAUGCAAGAUUUUAGAUUCAGUAGACUGGUUUUGUGACCUGAGAUUCAAGUGAUAAGAAAGGCUGCUGACUAACCGUGUCCAGAUAUUAUUAAUCACACAUAAAUGUAAAAUAGUACACAUA